AUUCGAUCGCCAAUUAAAUAUUUUUGCAGAGCAGACGUUUCAGGGUUCAGAAAAUCAGAUUAGUAUUUUUUGUGCUAAACAGUGGAAAAUUUAAAUAUUUUGUAACCACAAGUAUUUCGUUCAUCUGAUCCUGUGUCAGGAAAAUGCCUCGCAAAAACAAUUCCCGCGCAGCAGCAGCGGCAGCCGAGCAGCAGAUGAAUGCAUCCUUGGCGGCAUCCCUCGACGAUAUGGAUAACAGCGGCGAAGAGGAGAUUAUGGUGGACAGUAUUGAGGGAAUUCGCAUGGCCGACGGGGUGAUCCAGUACUGGGUCCACUGGCUGCACUACGACCAAAAAGAUAACACAUGGGAACCCAGAGAGAACCUGACGAAUUGCCACGACCAACUGAUGACUUUCCACCGACUCUGCGAUGAGCAGAAGCAGGCACUGGCUCCCCCGAAACGGCCUAAUAUGAAGUCCAUCCCGUCGGGUGUGGAGGAGAAGAGUGCAGCCAAGAAGAAGAUCAAGGGUAUCAACGGGACGGGUGAAUGGGACGAUGACGAAGCGGGACCUCGGGACUCCGUUAGUUCCAGUAUUAGCAACCAGAAUGGUCGCAAGGGACGUUCCAAUAAAGGUAAAUCCGGCAAAACGACAAUCGCUCUGGAAAAACUUCCUCCACCGUUGAAGCUUUCCGAAUCCGAUGAUGAGGAACUACCACUGGGCGGUCGACAUUCCCGUUCUGCAUCUGAUGGAGAUCGUAGCCGAUCUAUAUCUGCGGGAGCUCCUACAAGAGGAUCAGCAUCACUGCGUAAUCCCGUUUCUGUGAAGUUGGCCACCAAAAAAACUCCCGCAAGAUCUGCCGUAAACGACAAGUCUGCUGCAUCGAGUAGCUCAAAACUCUCGACUAGUGACGCGACUCCAAAGCGCAGCGCGGCUUCCAAACCCUCGAGGAGGCUAUCGGAGUCAGAAGAGGAAAUACCGAUGAAAGAAGAGCCAAGAGGGCGAUCUCGUAAAGCCCAAGAGACUGCGAAGCCGGCAGCCGCCGAGCCACAGCCGAAGAAGGCAAAGAGUUCUUCGACCAAGAAAGAGCCGGCGAAGUCCAAGGCUGAGAGCAGCGAGGGAGAAGGCGAUGAGGAAGACGUUCCCCAGGGCAUGUAUGCCGUGGAUGCUGUACUGGGUGCGUUGGUGGGAAAUGACAGCAAAAACUACUACUUGAUCAAGUGGUAUGGAUACGAUUUGAAAGACUGUACGUGGGAAACUGGAAAAGCAGUCUCACAGUCUCGGGGGGCGGUCAACGAAUUCUACAAAAAAUACGGGAAGCCAUCCAAUAAAAACCAAUGGAAGGUUUUGUCACCGGAAGGACAGCAGUUCGAACAAAUGUCCCAAGACGAGUGACACUCUGGUUGUUUUCAUGGAACAAAUCUCUGCUGUUUUCAUUUUGGGGUUUCAAUCUGGAGGAGGUGUAAUCUGUCGCGACAGAAAAAGAAUUUGUUUUUUGUUAUUUGUUGAUAUCCUACGUACAAUUAACCGGAUCCCUUUUCUGGCAAUCUAGAGUGUUCCUUUAUCCGAAUUGUUCACGAGUAUUCGGGCAUUUUGGCGUGUCCAUCAUCCAUGUAACGUUGAAACAGUUUUACAGAGCAUAACAAUGAUAACAUCGUCCGUUUUUCCUUGAAAAAUUUAAAUAAUUUUGGAAUCUUCUGUGCUUUGUGUUUUUGCGCUGUUUUACUGUUUUGUGCAUCUUAUGUUGCGCGUUGUGGAAAACGAUACAGGUGCAUAUUUCUGUUUUCAAACAGCUUUUCAGUGAUUUUUGUUUAUUCCUUCAACAGUUUUUCCUGGAAUUAAAUCUGGUUGUUCUUGUGGAAA